AUGCUGCGGUCCAAGUUCGGGUCCCUGGCGCACCUGUGCGGGCCGGGCGGCGCGGAGCACCUGCCGGGGAAGCUCCCGCAGCCAGCCAAGGCCGACCCGGGGAGCUUCGAGGCGCUGUACCAGGUGGGCGCCGUGCUGGGCAGCGGCGGCUUCGGCACGGUGUACGCGGGCAGCCGCCUGGCCGACGGGCUCCCGGUGGCCGUGAAGCACGUGGCGAGGGAGCGCGUGGGCGAGUGGAGCAGCCUCGGCGGCGCGGCGGUGCCCCUGGAGGUGGUCCUGCUGCGCAAGGUGGGCGCGGGCGGCGCGCGCGGCGUGGUGCGCCUGCUGGACUGGUUCGCGCGGCCGGACGGCGGCUUCCUGCUGGUGCUCGAGCGGCCCGAGCCGGCGCUGGACCUGUUCGACUUCAUCACGCAGCGCGGCGCCCUGGACGAGCCGCUGGCGCGCCGCUUCUUCGCGCAGGUGCUGGCCGCCGUGCGCCACUGCCUGGCCUGCGGGGUGCUGCACCGCGACAUCAAGGACGAGAACCUGCUGGUGGACCUGCGCGCCGGCCAGCUCAAGCUCAUCGACUUCGGCUCGGGCGCGCUGCUCAAGGACACGGUCUACACGGACUUCGACGGCACGCGCGUGUACAGCCCCCCCGAGUGGAUCCGCUACCACCGCUACCACGGCCGCUCGGCCACCGUGUGGUCCCUGGGCGUGCUGCUGUACGACAUGGUGUGCGGGGACAUCCCCUUCGAGCAGGACGACGAGAUCCUCCGGGGCCGCCUCUUCUUCCGGAGGAGGGUCUCACCCGACUGCCAGCAGCUGAUCCAGUGGUGUCUGUCCCUGCGGCCGUCUGAGCGGCCCACGCUGGACCAGAUCUCCGCCCACCCCUGGAUGCUGGGGGCCGAGGCCGGCACCCCCGACGGCUGCCCGCUGCGGCUCUGCGCCCUGGACCCCGACGACGCGGCCAGCACCACCUCCAGCAGCGAGAGCUUGUGAGGGGCCAGCCGGCCUGCCCGCCCUGCCCCGUGCUUACAGUGCCUUGCCCCACGCCGCUCCUGGGCCGUGGUCCGAGCUCGCCCCGUCCAAAGACCCUCCUGCCCACCCGUCUUCCCGCUCCUGUGCUGCUGCUGAGGGGGUCCUGGCCUGUCGUCAUGGACUCCCGG